GCUGAGGCAGCUGCCGACAUUGGUUGAGGGAAUUCAAAGAGUAAAGUGAGGCUGUCCAGGAAGAAGGUAAGAAAGACACCGUUAUUCAGAAAGUGCGCUAAUAGCCACUCUUCUUCGCUAUAUCGAUUCACUUUGGUGAACUUCUACUCAUGCCUUCUUUUGUCCCGGUCCCCCCUUCACCACUUAAUAUCCAACAAUCACCAAGCCCUCCGUGGGAACAGCUUCUACAAAUAUAAUCAUUAGCCACACAGAUACCUUUUACUUCACAAAAUGCGAUCAGCUUGGGUAAUUGGACAAUGGCAGACCGUAUAAACCCAGCUCAUGUAUAUGUACCCUAAGCCAGACAGGAAAUCCUUACAUGGUAGCAACUUACCCCGCUUCUUGUUACGUGGCAGAGCACGCGAGUCAUGUUCAUGAUACCCAUGCUCCUAGCCUCUAUACUAUAAUCCUUCUAUCUCUCUUUCUUUAUGCUCUUGUGCUUUCCUUCAUUUUCACUGCCAGCGUACUGCUUAGAGCUCCACGAUCUCUAUCGCAAUCAUAAUUCCAUCGCGUCUGGAACUUUGAAGCUCUUGUCUUUAUCCUUCUAUCUUUUGCGCCCCAUUCGGCUCUUAUAAAUAUGGAUAACGACACACAACAAAAUGGACACAGGUGGGAAUUUACGCCUGUGGCGAAUCCCUCGAGUACGUAUUUCGAGCGCCAAUUCGAUAUCAGAGAUUAUAUGGCUCCCAGUCGAAAAAGCUUUGGCAAGAUGGAACUAGAGCUACGACCCCUGGCUGUAGAAGAGCCCGUGGAUGAGCCAUAUCCCGGUUCUCAACUGGAACCUGAGCCUGAGCCUGAACCAGCACGAGAGCCAGAGCCAGCGCCAGAGCCCAAACUGCCUGACGACCCUCACUAUAACAACUGGGAUAAUCUCAGUUCUAAAGAUAGGAAAAAACGAGAGAAGUCGCUGAUUAAGAGAGGGUUGCCUAUUCCUGGAAAGGAUUUUGACUGGCCUCCACCUCCACCUCCACUGCCGGAAGCUGUACGGGAGGAAUUUGUACAGGAGGAGCCUAUACAGGAUCCUGAACCAGCGCCAGCACCAGAGCCAGAGCCAGCGCCAGAGCCAGCGCCAGAGCCAGCGCCAGAGCCAGCGCCAGAGCCAGCGCCAGAGCCAGCGCCAGAGCCAGCGCCAGAGCCAGCGCCAAAAACAGAAAGCCCGAGGCCAACCUUGUUCGCUCCUCAAUCAGACAGAAGUCUCUGCGUACAAAAUGUAGCGACAGGAUCCAACUUUCUUCUUUCGUUGUUAUCUGACAUCCGUGAUAAUGGUGCAUUUUCGGACCUAAAGAUUAAAUGUGGAUGGUCAACUUUUAAUGCACAUUGUUGUAUCGUCUGUCCACAGUCCGGCUUUUUCUACAAUGCUGCUAGGAAUGGAUCAAAAGAGAUUACGAUUACGGAUCACCCCUUAAUUGUCAAGAAGAUGCUUGACUACCUUUAUCGACAGGUCUAUGACGACUACGAGCUCCUCAAAGAGGUAAAAGCCCAAAGAUCCCAGGGGCAAGUGGAUAGGCAUGACGGCAUUGCCACUAUUCCUACAUAUGUGAAUGCUAUGAUGUCUGUUACCGCUAACAAGUACGCCAUCAGAGGGCUUAAGGACCUCGCCGAGAAAAAGUUGGUAGCAAAUCUGAUGCAUGAGUGGAAUGAUGCGUACUUCAUUCAACUGGUUGAAUAUGUCUAUGGAGCAAAUGCAUCUGCAGAUCCUAAAUUGGAAGGUAUUGUAGCGCAAUUUGCCACCCGUCAUAUUUCCACUCUGAAAGGAUUUCAGUCAUUUCACGAUGCCCUUCAUAUGUGGCAUCGUUUCGCGUAUUUAUUCUCGCGCGAAAUGAUGGAACGCGUCAUACAACUAGAGAAAGGAGUUGCAUAGGCCUUUGCGUUUUUCUUACGCCCCUCUAGCAGUGAUGCUGAACAAGUUUCUCCG